AUGCACGAAUCAACAAGUACUACCAGCAAGACAGAAAUCUUGUCGGGAGUCCGUGACAUUGUCGAUCGAUACGAUGUCUUUCUCUUGGACAUGUGGGGAGUCAUGCACGAUGGUGAAGUCGCCUACGAAGGUGUCUUGGAUGUGAUAUCGAAACUGAAGGAGCUAGGCAAAGACUUGAUUAUCCUUUCGAAUUCUAGCAAGCGACAAAUCAAGUCCAUCAAAAUGUUGAACAAACUGGGGUUUGAUCCGAAAGACUUUUCCAAUAUCAUCACUUCUGGGGAAGUUGCAUAUCACAUGCUGUCAAAUACAAAAACAGAUGACUCUGCCCUUGCACCACAACCAUGGGAUGUUUUGGAGCCGUUUGCUCAUACCGACAAGAAGAAGGUAUUUUGCUUUGGAAGUGGAGACGGCGACGAAGAGUACGUGACCAGUUGUGGUUGGGAACUAGCCAGUAUGGAGGAAGCCGACCUUAUCGUUGCAAGAGGAUACUUUACCAUCAAUGAUGGGACAAAUAUUGUUCACAAGAAUAACGACGGAGAAGAGGCAUACCUACAUGCCUUGGAGGAACAAAUACAACAGGCAGCAAAACGCAAAAUCCCAAUGAUUGUUGCCAACCCAGACAAGAUUCGACCUGAUGCUGAUCGCACACCCAUGCCUGGAACCAUUGGAGUGGCGUAUGAAUCAUCCUUGGGUGGCGAUGCCAACGGUCUUGUGCGCUAUAUUGGGAAACCUUUUGCAGACGUCUACGAAAUUGCUCUUCGAGGAAAGGAUCGGGCUCGGGUGUGCAUGGUUGGCGAUGCCUUGGAGACAGAUAUUACUGGGGCAGUUGUGGAAGGGAUUGAUUCAAUAUGGGUGGCCAAUGAUGGCAUUCACAAUGUGGACAUUGAAAAGAAGGGAGACGGGUCGUUGGAGGCCGGUUUCGAAAAGGUGGUGCAGGAAUUCAACCAACGAAAAGACACCUACGCCAAAGGGCAACAACUUUCACCCGAUGUUGUUUUACCACACUUUCGAUGGUAG